AGCGUGUUUGUGUGCGGGGCCGAAAGCAUUUCCCAUUCUCCCGCCCUCACUCUUCCUUGUUGCCGGCAAGAUCCACCCACGGGCAUGGCUUCUCUAUAGCGACUGUACUCUCUCGCAACACUGGGAUCGCUGAUGCAGAGUGAAAGCAGGUUUAAAUCUGCUAAUGGGAACAAAUCCAUCAAGACCAAUUGGUUCAAUCACACAUCUGCAUUUGAGGAAUUUUCAUGUCAAGAAAAAUUUCUGAGCUCUGCCUUUUUGUUCUCUUUAUCAACACAAAAACCUCAAUCUGAAAAAGGUGCUGAUGACAUGUUGAUUACAAGGUCAGUUGCUUGUAAAAUUCAAGGAUCUAAGCCUCUGCAAGUACAACAUGUUGAGAAGGCUUGGCAAGAUUUUUGCAACAUGCAGAUGGCAGACAGGAACUACUUAAGGCCUGGUGUAACUUCUGCAAUACAGGACCAUAAUAAAUUUCAUGUAUCUCUGCCACCCUCUCACAUGGUUAAAAAAGUUAAUAAUUCACAAAAGAUUGAACAUUCAUGUCGUGAAAACCGGAGCUCCAAAGUCAUCUAUGAUUCACACUGCGGAUCACAUCCUAGAGAUGAUACACAGAAUUGUGGAAAUUUUAGUAAAAAUGAUGAAGCAUCUUCUGGACCAAGACAACCAUUUGUCACUGAAACAGUGAUGCCACAAACUUCUUCUCAUAUGAUUGUUGAUACCAAUGAAGCUGCGUGUGAUUCUGUUGAUAAUCUUGCCAAUGACAUAUUUUUAGAUGCCCUUGAUGAUGAUGAAUUAUUGCAGAGUAUCGAUGUAGACCAAAUAGUUAUGGAACACUAUCAAGUAACUGGCACACCAGAAGGUUCUGUAUCUAAACAGGCACCUUUCACUCCAGUCUCUAGAAGCUACAUAGGACUCCCUGGUGAAGACGCAUUGCCACUGAAACUCUGUGAGUUAUGUAUUCAUGGCUCCAAGCUAGGUCAGUGCCCAGGAGCUUCAGUUCAUUUGCAGCAGAUGAAAGAUAGGCUCAUUACUGUCUCAACUGAACUUCUUGAUAAUGCUUCUGAGCUUAGUCCUGAACACUGCAAAAAUCUUAAUCAGGAGCGUUUACAUCUCAAAAAUAAGAUUCAGCAUCUUGAGAAAGACCUUUCCCUUUCAAAUCAAGAUGAAGAAAGACAGAGAUCAUCUUUCAUGGCAUCAACAACUACUUCAAGGAAUUUUCAACUUGAGAUUCCCUCAAGUAUGACAGAUCCUGUCAACUUUAACUCCCAGGCUUACAUAAGAAAUGAACCAGGAGAUACUAUGACUUGGAGCUCACCUACUCCAUCCUGUUAUGCAAACCAGUUUGGGACUACACCUGCAGACAGACAAGUAUUUACUCCAAAGCUUCUUGACAUUAAUUACAUUGAAGGAUCUGGAGAUAAAAAAUGGAAAAGUUUAGACUUUCCAUGGACAAAGAAACUUGAGGCUAACAACAGAAAAGUGUUUGGUAAUCACUCAUUUCGCCCCAAUCAAAGAGAGGUGAUCAAUGCUACAAUGAGUGGUUGUGAUGUCUUUGUUUUAAUGCCAACUGGUGGUGGAAAGAGUUUGACAUACCAGCUUCCUGCUCUCAUCAGCUCUGGAGUAACAUUAGUUGUCUCUCCUCUUGUCUCACUCAUUCAAGAUCAAAUUAUGCAUUUAUUACAGGCAAACAUUCCUGCUACUUAUCUUGGUGCCAAUAUUGAAUGGGCUGAACAACAGGAUAUUUUUCGGGAACUGAUGUCUGAUGUUUGCAAAUACAAACUGCUGUAUGUCACUCCAGAAAAAAUUGCAAAGAGUGAUGUUUUGUUAAGACAUCUGGGAUCUUUGCAUUCUAAUGAACGCUUGGCUAGAAUUGUUAUUGAUGAAGCCCAUUGUGUAAGUCAAUGGGGUCAUGAUUUUAGACCGGAUUAUCAGGGUCUUGGCAUUUUGAAGCAGAAGUUUCCAAAUGUUCCAGUACUUGCUUUGACUGCUACUGCAACCGUCAGUGUAAAGGAAGAUGUUGUACAAGCUCUUGGUCUAAUCAAUUGCAUUAUUUUUCGACAGAGUUUUAAUCGCUCAAACUUAUGGUAUUCUGUAAUACCAAAAACAAAAAAGUGUCUAGAGGACAUUCAUAAUUUCAUCAAGGAAAAUCAUUUUGAUGAAUGUGGCAUCGUGUAUUGUCUCUCUAGAAUGGAUUGCGAAAAAGUGGCAGAAAAGCUACAGGGAUAUGGACAUAAAGCAGCAUUUUAUCAUGGUAGCAUGGAUCCUCUUCAAAGAGCUUACAUUCAGAAACAAUGGAGUAAAGAUGAGAUCAAUAUAAUAUGUGCAACUGUGGCAUUUGGAAUGGGUAUUAACAAACCUGAUGUACGUUUUGUUAUCCAUCAUUCUCUCCCAAAAUCCAUUGAAGGUUAUCAUCAGGAAUGUGGACGUGCUGGUAGAGAUGGUCUAAGAUCCUCUUGUGUAUUAUACUACAGCUAUAGUGAUUACAUACGUGUGAAGCACAUGCUUACCCAGGGUGUGAUUGAGCAAAGUCCUUUGACAUCUACAGCAAGACGCAAUUCUUUAGCAAGCAGCGACAGAGUAUUAGAAACAAAUGUUGAGAACCUGCUUCGUAUGGUUUCCUAUUGUGAGAAUGAUGUAGAUUGCAGACGACUAUUACAACUGAUGCAUUUAGGAGAGAAGUUUGACCCAAACAACUGCAAAAGAACCUGUGACAACUGUUCAAAAAUGUUGACCUGGGUUGACAAGGAUGUAACUGAUAUUGCAAUUCAAUUGGUUGAGUUGGUAAUAUCGACAGGAAAACAGUACUCAACAUCUCAUAUUCUUGACGUGUACAGGGGUUCCCUCAGUCAAAAUGUCAAGAAACAUAGACAUGAUAAUUUGAGCCUUCAUGGAGCUGGAAAGCAUCUAGCAAAGGGUGAAGCAUCAAGAAUUAUUCACCAUUUGGUUACUGAAGAUAUUCUUGUGGAGGAUGUCAAGAAGAGUGAUAUUUAUGGAUCCGUGUCUUCUAUUCUGAAGGUAAAUGAGUCUAAGGUCCAAAUGCUUCGUUCUGGAAAACAAAGGGUUGUAUUAAGGUUUCCUGCUUCUGCAAAACCAUCUAAAAUGAGCAAAACUCAAGGGACACCAGCAAAGGGUUCAUUGCUUCAAGAGAUGUUAAACGCCACAGUUGCUGAUGCGGAUGCUCCUUUGCAAAAUGGAGUAGAUUUGAAUCUUUCUGCCAAACUUUAUACUGCUCUACGAAUGCUAAGAACGGCACUUGUAAAAGAAGCUGGUGAAGGGGUCAUGGCAUAUCAUAUAUUUGGAAAUGCCACAUUGCAGCAAAUCAGUAAGAAAUUACCCAGAACUAAAGAUGAACUUCUUGAGAUCACUGGCAUUGGCAAGGCAAAGGUGCACAAGUACGGAGACCGGCUACUGGAAACUAUAGAAUCUGCAAUUGCAGAGUAUCGCAAAACAAGUAGGAAUAGCAGCAGCAGCAGCAAUGAUAAUACUGAUGGAACAAAGAAACGGAGAAGUUCGGGAAGUAGUGACCCACGUAAUAAUGAUGAUUUCUCUGAAAGCACUGUUCAGUCCAAAAAACGACAAGCAAGGCUAGUAAAUGAAGAAAGUGCACCAUCAGCUGCCGCAAGCAAUGGUCGGUGUAUUGAUAUUGAUCUUGACGGUUAUGAGAGUGAGGAGUCAGUGCCUGCAAUGCAGGGGCCUUCUGGUAGAGUUCUGCCAAAAUGGUCAAGGUCAACAAGCAAAAGCAACAGCCCUAGAGGUGACCUUUUCCAGCAAUAUGCAUACAAGAAGUAGAUAAGUUUGUGAGUUUCUCUCGGGCCUUCCUUAUGGCUCAUGGUAAUGUGCAGGAGAUUAAUAGAAGUCAAAUUCUGCUGCUCGAACGUGGAUUCUUAUGCCUUGUUUGGACCGUUUCAUCCUUCAACACGCAAUCUAUAGUCAAGUUAUCUUUGAUAUGGUUGAACCCAAGAUUUGCUCGACUUUAAAUCUGCAGAACAAGGCAUUCUGCAGAACCUGAAGGAACAAUCUCUGCAGUGAUCUUAAUAGUUAUCCUGGCGGUGAAAUGUUGAUGAAAUGCAAUUUGCUCUGCAAUUUUGUAAACUUGCUGUGAAAUUAAACCGUUAUGUUUCAGCAGUUCUAUAUAUCUAAUAUUAGUAUCAUAUUCUGUGAUAUAA